AUGGAAAUCAAAAUUGGUAAUGCAUAGUUUAUAGAAGUUGAUAUUUAUAAGAAUAUAACAUAUACAAAUAUAAUUUUAGUUAAAGAACCAAUUGACAAAAUUAUCAGAGAAUCAAAAUUGUUAAAUAUUUAGAACUAACUUUUAGUUUUAAUUUAAAAUCUUAAAGGGUCUUAUAUUAUUAUAGAAGUACAAGAAGAGUAAAAUUCAUCAAAUAAAUAAAUUCAAAAAUUAAGAGACAAAGACCUAUUAAUAUGUAAUUAAGAUAUAAGCAUAAGCAUAACUGAAAUUAGUAAUCAGUUAUCUAAAUUAAAUUCAGGUUACAUUUUACAAUUUUAAAAUACAACAAAUCUUAAAAUGUAGGUUUAAUAUAUCGAAUUAUUUGAAUACUUAGACUAAAAUAUGAACAUAUUACAAAAUGAUAAUGAUUAAUAAAUAGAUUAUUAGAUAAAUCAAAAAAGCAUUUAUGAGCUCAAUAUAUAAGUAUUUAACUACCCUGUUAGCAACUUUUCAAUCUUCGAUUUUGAUCAAAUUUUUAAACAAGAAUAACAGCCUGAAGCAAUUGUUUUUAUUUCAGACUAAUUGUAUUAGUUUUAAUAGUUUUCGUAUUAUAAAAGAUCAAAUACUAUAAUGAAGAGUUCAAAUUUAGUUCUGAACUGUAAAAUAAUUAAAUUAAAAUACGAUAGUUAAAAUAAAUCAACUACCUACGAAAUAGAAUUACCUAAUUAAUUUUUACUCUUUAAAUCUAAUUAUCUUAUAAGAAUAUACCUAAAAUCAAAUUUAACUCAGUAAGCUUUUCCAAUUAGCCAAGUAAUAUAAAUACCUUAAUAUUUAUUGAGUAAAAGAAAAAUAGUCUCUGAAAAUCAAAAGUAGAAAAAAAUAAUUUUAUUCUUGUUGACAGUAUCACUAAUUUUAGUAAUAAUGGGGCUUUUUAUAUUUUUAUUAUUCAAAUAAUUAAAAAAAUAAGCAGAAAAAUAAAUUUGA